AUGUACAAAUUCACCCCAACAUCCAUUUUCAGUAUAUUCAACUUUAAUGUGGUGCCUAGCACGCUUCCCAAGCCUCGCCCACCUUCAAACGACAACAAGCCAUUUUUACAAAAUCAGCAACAAGAUUUGCCACCUGCCGUUCCUUCAGAUGACCCGUUCUACAUUUUUGACGCACCGCGUUGGCACGACUUUUCUGUAAAUGACUCGAAUGAUAACGCGGACGCUUGGUUCGACACACACCAGGACACUCCAGUAAAGAACACCGUUGCCGGAUCUUUCCCACACGAAAUUGUAGAAGAAACACCAUGCAAAAGAAAACGUGCAAUUGUAGAAGAAUCAUCCGAAACACCAUGCAAAAGAAAACGUGCAAUUGUAGAAGAAUCAUCCGAAACACCAUGCAAAAGAAAACGGGAAAUUGAAGAAGAAUCACCUGAAACACCAAGUAAAAGAAAACAGGGGAUUGUAAAAGAAUCAUCUGAAACACCAAGCAAAAGAAAAUGCGAAAUUGCAGAAGAACUCAACGAAUCGGAGACAUCAAUCUACAACGAGAUACUCAACCCACACAGAGUACCUAUCCGAUUCGCGCUUCAUUCGCCAACAAAGGUUAUUAUGUUAUUGGUUCCUGGCGCUGGAAUUAUGCCGAAACCUGUGGAACGUAACCCAAAGAAGAAACGCAAAGUAUCACGUGCCUCCAGAAAAUAA